CAGCCGCCCAGUUCGCGCCGCGGUCGCCGGCUGCUGACGUGGGCGGCCUGGUGGGGGCCGUGGGAGUGGGUCGCCAUGGCUGUGGACAUCACACUGCUGUUCCGGGCUAGCGUCAAGACCGUGAAGACGCGCAACAAAGCGCUGGGAGUGGCGGUGGGCGGCGGGGUCGAGGGCAGCCGCGACGAGCUGUUCCGCCGGAGCCCCCGGCCUAAGGGCGACUUCUCCAGCCGGGCGCGCGAAGUGAUUUCACACAUUGGCAAACUGAGAGAUUUUCUUCUCGAACACAGGAAAGAUUAUAUUAAUGCUUAUAGCCAUGUCAUGUCUGAAUAUGGGAGAAUGACGGACACAGAACGAGACCAGAUAGACCAGGAUGCUCAGACAUUCAUGAGGACCUGCUCAGAAGCGAUCCAGCAACUGAGAACACAAGCCCACAAGGAGAUACAUUCCCAGCAAGUGAAGGAGCACAGGAGUGCUGUUUUGGAUUUCAUUGAAGAUUACUUAAAAAGAGUAUGUAAACUUUACUCAGAACAAAGAGCCAUCCGAGUUAAGCGAGUGGUGGACAAGAAAAGAUUAUCUAAGCUGGAACCAGAACCAAAUACAAAGACAAGACAAUCCAUGUCUUCUGAGAAAGUUUCACAGAAUCCUUCAAAAGACUCUGAAGAAAGACCUGUCACUGAAGAAUUUCCAGAAAAGAUUCCGGCCGAAGCACAACCUGAAUUGGGAACCUGGGGAGAUGGGAAAGGUGAAGAUGAAUUAUCCCCAGAAGAAAUACAAAUGUUCGAACAAGAAAAUCAGCGCCUGAUUGGUGAAAUGAACAGCCUGUUUGACGAAGUGAGGCAAAUCGAAGGGAAAGUGGUUGAAAUUUCCAGACUCCAAGAGAUAUUCACAGAGAAGGUUUUACAACAAGAAGCUGAGAUUGACAGUAUUCACCAAUUAGUAGUAGGAGCAACUGAGAAUAUCAAGGAGGGCAAUGAAGACAUCAGAGAGGCCAUCAAGAACAACGCUGGCUUCCGCGUGUGGGUGCUCUUCUUCCUGGUGACGUGCUCCUUCUCCCUGCUCUUCCUCGACUGGUACGACAGCUAGGCCGCCACACCCGGCAGA